UCUGCGGACAUAUUUGGCUUUUAUCGGUGUCGUGUCCAUGCCACAGCUGUUAUCAUCACAAUAGUCGUGACAGUUUGCAUGAGACCAGUGUGUAGAUACUAGUGUUGCUAAACGUAGGUAUCCCUGGAAUAAUUGUGUUUAUCCACAGUUUUUUUGUUGCAGAAUUUGACAAAAUGUUGACUGAACCAUUGUUGAUUUUGUCCGAGAGCGACAUUGAAGGCGGAGGCAAGGAGUCCAGGUCCAGCAUACAAAAUGAUUUUGCCUACCACAAUAACGUGCACAAUGCGUCUAUUAAAAUUCGCAUGGCCUUUAUCCGUAAGGUUUAUGGACUUUUGAGUAUGCAGUUGCUCAUGACUGUGAUUAUUGCUGGGGUCUUCUGUUUCGUCAAUCCUAUAAAAGCUUAUGUACAAGAAAACCCAUGGCCUAUCAUGAUCUCAUUCUUUGCUACAUUUGCCAUCCUUAUCGUUCUGCAUUUCAAGAGCAGAGAACAUCCAACGAAUUUGAUUCUUUUAGCACUAUUUACGAUUGUACAGGCUUGUACAAUUGGCAUAGUUGUGAGCCUGUAUGAUGUAGUUCUGGUUGUUGAAGCUCUUUUUAUCACCUUGACUGUUGUUAUCGCCUUAACAGGAUUUACUUUCCAAACAAAACGUGACUUCUCUGCAAUGGCCGCUGGAUUGUUCUCUUGCCUCUGUGUGCUUCUGAUAGGCAGUUUACUCCAAAUUUUCAUCCAAAGUAACGCAAUGGAGCUUCUUCUCUGUGUUGGAGGUGCACUUUUAUUCUCUUUUUUCAUAAUCUUUGAUACUCAGCUCUUGAUGAAAACUCUAUCUCCUGAAGAAUACAUACUUGCUACAAUUAAUAUUUAUUUGGAUAUUAUAAAUCUUUUCUUAUAUAUCUUACGUAUUCUUGCUGUAGCUCGGAAGUAAUUGUUUUCUUUCCAACUAAUUUUUCUUAUGAAAUAAUUUCUAUUUUUGUCAAUGAAAGUUUGUAAAAAAAAAAUAAAUGUCUCAAAACUUAGUUUUUGAAAGCAAGUCGUUGAAAA